AUGUAUUUAAGUCAUGCCCUUAACACCUCAGUUGGGUAUACAGCUGUUUUCAUCCCAGCUGCAGUACUGGCUGAGAGUGGUUAUUGGUCCAGGAAGACUAAUAAUUGCCUUUACAAUUUUGUCUCCUUCCCUUGGGAUACUGGGCCAGCCAUGUCCUCUGGAUUUAUUAUAAACCCUGAGGGCUUUUCCAGAAGGGAACUAAAUGACCACUUGCGCAGCCUCCUACGCACAUGGGAACAGAAACUCCAAGCAUCUCAAAAGGACAAGAAUGAACUGCAAUCAACCAUUUCCCAAGUGCAGAACUCAGCUCGACAACUAAGAGAGAAUCUGGUGAAGGAAAAGACAGCCAUGGACAGGCAAAACUCCAAGCUGCAGAAGGAGAUGUCAGCCUUGAGAGCAGAGCUUGAUGCCCGCGAUGAGGCAAUCCGCAAGUCCCAGCGGCUGUUGAGCGAUGCACAGAAUGAUGUCAAGAAUCUUCAUAAGCAGAUUAAGGAGGAACAGGAGAAAUACCACAAACUGCAAGAGUGCAACCAGAAGCUAGAUGAUGAACUGAAGAAAGGACGAAGAGAUCAUGAUGACUUACAGAAGGAGAUAGUAAAACUUGAGAAAGCCCAGAGUCAGAUGAAGAAAGAGAAUUCAGAGCUGGAGCUAAUUAUUAGCAGCCAUGAGAAGACCUUGACAGAGAAGGAAAGUCAGCUGGAGGAAAUGACAAGGAAAUUCACAGAGUUGAAACGUAUUCAAGACAUGAUCCACAACAUAUCUGCUGGAAAACUGGUGUAGAGUUUUCAGAGGGUUUGAAUAAAAGAUUGAUGAAGAGUAGGCUUAUAUAUAGUUUUAAGAAAAUUACUUUCCAAACACUCCUACCCCCUAGGCAACAGUGUUUUCAAGUUACUCAUUUACACUGCUUAUUUAAGCAGUGUAAAUGAGUAACUUGAAAACGCUGUUCGUAAUACCAUUUCUUUUAACCAAUGCUUUCAUAAAGUAUAUAUUUUUAAAUAAGACAGUUUUGUAAGUAUUAGAUUGCUCUUCCAUAUCCACAUUGAUAUUCUUGAUAUUCUGUCCAUAUUCUUAAAAUUAAAUGAGUGAA